AUGGUUAAAACAUUACCGAAAAUUAUUUAUCACGGUGUGAGAAUAUUUUUCGAGUCUCUAAAAAAAAGUAUAAUCCAGGAAAUAGCUUUGAGUCAAGAAGCUGCCAGACUUCGGUACAAUUCUCGAAAGCCCGAAAAAUCGGAAAUUACACUUCAUAUGCCUGUAAACGAAGCUAAAUUAAUUCUUAACGUGAAGAAAAUAUGCCCAAAGGAGAUCGAAACACAAUUCAAACAUCUCUUCGAAUGUAAUAGUAACAAAAACGGCGGAUCGUUUUAUUUACAAUCAAAAAUUGUUAGAGCCAAAGAAGUAUUAGAUUUGGAAUUGAAAACUAAUAACAACAUUCGUAAAUAA